AGGUGGUGGUACUCCUGGAAGUCCUGAGCUGGGGUCGGCUGGAAGAUGACCGAAUAUAAGCUGGUGGUGGUGGGAGCCGGUGGUGUCGGGAAGAGUGCUUUGACCAUACAGCUCAUUCAGAACCAUUUCGUUGAUGAGUAUGACCCCACGAUAGAGGAUUCCUACAGAAAGCAAGUCGUCAUCGAUGGAGAGACCUGCUUGUUAGACAUCUUGGAUACCGCAGGGCAAGAGGAGUACAGUGCCAUGAGAGACCAGUACAUGAGAACGGGGGAAGGAUUCCUCUGCGUCUUUGCCAUCAACAACACCAAGUCCUUCGAAGAUAUUCACCAGUACAGGUCGGUAUCCCGGGAAGGUGGCCCCGGGGAAGAGACGGAGCAGACGGCUAAUGUCAGUGACUCCGAUAAAACCCAUCCGAAGGGAUUGCUUGUGGCCUUUGGGGACUCG